UUCUCGGAGAAGCUCCGCUCUACUUCCUCUCACCUCCCCUCUCACUCUCUCUAAAAAACCCCAACUUGGGGAGUGAAGUGGGGACGAACGGAGAAGACGACCGGACGCCGCUCCCGCCUCCGCCGAGCUCUGUCUGUUCAGCCAAGAUGGAUCUGAGUGAUGGGGGCCCAGAGGAGUUGCCACCACCGCCUCCUCUGCCUCCCGACGUGGUGCCCAUCAGAGCAGAAGAAGAUGUCGCCGAGGAACUGCCUCGAAACAAGCCUGCAAAGCCCAAGAGGCUCCCUAAGGCCAGGCCCGGGCUUGGGAAGAGAGGGCAGACCAUCCAGCUACUUGCUAACCACUACAAAGUUUCUAUGAGGAGUUCAGAGGACUUUUUCCACCACUACCAUGUCAAUUUGAAGUAUGAGGAUGAUCAACCUGUCGUUCGAAAGGGGAUAGGGAGAAAGGUUCUGGAUAAACUGCAGCAUAUGUACCGUUCCGAGCUCGCGAACAAUGAAUUUGCAUAUGAUGGUGAGAAGAGCCUCUUUACAAUCGGGGCUCUUCCCCAGGUACACAAUGAGUUCACUGUAGUGUUGGAAGACAUCAGAAGUGGAAAGUGCUCUGGAGGUAAUAGUGGCAGCAGUCCUGGAGGUAGUGACACGAAGAGAGUGAAGAGGCCCUACAAGACAAAGAUUUUCAAAGUGGAGCUUUGCUUUGUGGCAAAAAUCCCUACGGCCGCAAUCACGCAGGCCCUUAGAGGUCAAGAAUCAGAGAACUCUCUCGAGGCUCUUCGAGUUCUUGAUAUCAUACUGAGGCAGCAUUCUGCAAAACAGGGCUGUCUUCUACUUCACCAGUCAUUUUUCCACAACAAUCCUCGUAAUUUUGUUGACUUGAAAGGUGGUGUGGUGGGGUGCAGAGGAUUUCACUCAAGUUUCCGUGGUACGCAGAGUGGACUCUCCCUAAACAUCGAUGUUUCGACUACCAUGCUAGUUAAACCUGGUCCUGUUAUUGAUUUUCUUCUUGCAAACCAGAUGGUUGAUCACCCUAACAGAAUUGACUGGUCAAAGGCCAAGCGUGCUCUCAAGAACUUGAGGAUAAAAACCACUCAUGCUAAUUCUGAGUUCAAGAUUUUUGGUUUGAGUGAGAAAAAAUGCAAUGAACAGACGUUUCUAUUGAGGCGGAAGGAUGGUGACAAUGGAGACAUUAAUACUGUUGAAAUAACAGUCCAUGAAUACUUUGUACAUAAUAGAGGCAUAGAACUGCGCUAUUCCUAUCUUCCCUGUAUCAAUGCUGGGAGGCGAAAUCGUCCUACGUACUUCCCUGUGGAGCUUUGUGAGCUCGUUCCUCUGCAAAGAUACACCAAAGAUCUGUCUACUCUGCAGCGGUCCUCACUUGUGGAGAAGUCCAGACAAAUGCCUCAUGAAAGAAUGUCAAUACUUAACAAUGCACUUAAACGUACCAACUAUGACUCGGACCCCAUGGUGAAGGCAUGCGGCAUUUCAAUUGCCCGACAUUUUACUCAAAUUGAAGGGAGGGUCCUGCCAGCACCCAAGCUGAAAGCCGGUAACGGUGAAGAAUUCUUCCCACGCAAUGGAAGGUGGAAUCUUUCGAAAAAGAAGCUGAUUCGGACAUGUUCUGUCAACAAAUGGGCAGUUGUCAAUUUCUCUGCAGAGUGUGAUGUUCAUGGUCUUGUCCGAGACCUUAAAAGGAUUGCAACUGAAAUGGGGAUUAAAAUAGAGUACCCUUAUUGUGAUGUAAUUGAAGAGAGCCCGUCGGCAAGAAGAGCUCCUGCAUCACGUAGAGUGGACGAGAUGUUUGCUAAGAUAAAUUCCAAUCCACCUGGAGACCCCAAGUUCCUCCUGAGUCUUCUUCCUGUGAGAAAAAACUGUGAAAUUUAUGGUUGGUUCAUGUUUUCGGUUGUUGUUAUUUGUUACCUGAUUAUCUGUUGCAGAAUAAAUAAUUUAUAUUUUCUUCAACCAGGGCCUUGGAAGAGGAAGUGUCUUGUUGAAUGCGGCAUCUUCACACAAUGUCUAGCUCCUCCAAGAAAAGUCAACGAUCAGUACCUGAUUAAUGUGUUAUUGAAGAUAAAUGCUAAACUUGGUGGUCUCAACACAUUGCUGCAAUGUGAACUAUCCCCUGCACCUGCAGUACUAUCCAUUGUGGGGAAGCUGCCUACUAUCAUCUUGGGCAUGUAUGUGUCACAUGGUCAGCCUGGGCAAUCUGAUAGGCCUUCCACCGCUGCGGUCGUUAAUUCUCGUGAGUGGCCUCUCAUCUCUAAGUACAGAGCAACAGUGCACACUCAAUCACCCAAACUAGAAAUGAUGUCCUCCUUAUUUAAACCAUGGGGAAAGGAUGAUGGCCUUAUUCGGGAAUCGCUUAUCGACUUCUACACUAGUUCUGGGAAUCGAAAACCAGAGCAAAUUAUUAUUUUCAGGGAUGGUGUUAGCGAAAGCCAGUUUACUCAGGUCAUCAACAUUGAGCUGGAGCAGAUCAUCGAGGCCUGCAAGUUCCUCGACGAGACGUGGGAGCCUAAGUUCACAGUCAUUGUUGCUCAGAAAAAUCAUCAUACGAGAUUUUUCCAGACUGAAUCCCCGAAUAAUGUUCCUCCUGGGACCGUCGUGGAUAAAGAGGUCUGCCAUCCCAAGAAUUUCGACUUCUACAUGUGUGCACAUGCUGGGAUGAUAGGCACGUCGAGGCCAACACAUUACCAUGUUCUGCACGACGAGAUCGGAUUCACCGCAGAUGAGCUUCAGGAAUUUGUGCAUUCGCUUUCAUACGUGUACCAGAGGAGCACAACAGCGAUAUUAGUCGUUGCUCCGAUUAUGUACGCGCAUCUGGCGGCUGCACAGGUAGGCACGUUCGUGAAGUUUGAAGACAUGUCGGCGGGCAGCAUCCCGGUGCCGGAGCUGCCUCGGCUGCAUGAGAAUGUGAGGAGCUCCAUGUUUUUCUGCUGAUCCACUCUUGAUGCUGGGGGUAGUGGUGAACUAUGUCUCGCUAUGUGCCUGUGUCUAUCUAUAUCUAUCUAAAUAAAUAGCACCU